AUGGCAAAGUUCCAAAAUAUGUGUUAUUUGUUGUUUUCUGCUAAAGUUUUGGGGACCAUUAUUUCUUUUAGUGUUUGUGUGUUAGCAGAUGAUUUGGACAACUUUAGUUUUAACAAUGGACGUUUAAUUAAUGAUUUCUUCUACGAAAAUCAAGAUUUGAGCGCGCUGCAAGUUGAUGAUUGGGAGGAUGAGGAAAGCACGGUGGAGGAUAAACAAGCUCAUGUGCGGACAGCGCUUUUGAACGCUUUGAAAGACGGAAAGCAACUCAGGAGAUUUGCGGAAGUUUUACCAAUUAUUCGAGUAAUGAGUUCACCGCAAAGGAUAGCGCUUGCAGCUUUAGUCUCGGCGCAGAUUGCUCACGAGAAGGAAGGAACUGAAGGAAAUGGUCUGAGUUUGCCACAGGUGCGCAGGAUGUUCGGAGAUGAUCCAGAGCUGAUCCUUCCAGUGACUUUGGACAUAGCCAACUUAAUCCGAGACACCACUCGUGCCAGAGGUCGGUCAAUCGCUUCAGAACAUGAAUUUGUUCCAAAUGCACAGGCACUUCGAAGGAUGCUCGAAUUGCCUCACAAGGAUAACAACGAGGACGAUGACGAAGACGAGGAUGAACACAUAGGAGAAGUCCUGGUCACGUCAGGAGAUGACAGAGAUUUGUCUAAUGAAGUGAUACUUGGGAAUAGUACAAAUAUAAGAGACAAUUUUCGGGAUUUUAAACCGCAGUUUGAUGAUAGUCUAACAAUGAGAAAAAAUGCCACAGAAAGGCCGAAGCCAAUUAAAUUGGCCAAGGACCAACUGGCCAUGCCUUCUGAUGAUAUGCAUAUGGUUGUGGCUUUGCUUCCAUCAAAUGAGACAUUAACUUCUUUCAAUGGCACCAACGAAGAUCUUCCUCAGGCAGAACAACUUAGGUGGCAUAAGCGACCAAUUCCUUUCAAACCGAACCAUUUUCGUCGACCUGGAUUAUCUCACAUUGCAAACGAUUUACUUAACAGUGAUCAAAAAGCAUUGAACUGCUUCUCUAGAUCUUUGUGUUUAUCCACGGAUGAUUAUCCCAUGGAUUCUAUAAAAGCGAGUAUUCGCAGAAAUAAAAAUGCAAUGGCAGCCCUAAUUGUUGAAUAUCGAGAUAAAGACGAUGAAAUUCAAAAUAUUGAUCUCAGUGAUAAACCUGAUUUGGACCGACUUGGAGAAGAAGGAACAAAUUCUGUCCCUGGUACCAUGUGCCCCUCCAUUGUGAGGUACGCAAGGCCCCAAAAAGCAAGAAGUGCUACUGGACACUGGAAAUAUGUUGUGAAUACUGGAGAACAUACUCAAACUUUGAGGCUGGAAAAAUGCAGCCGCCCCAAUGAACCAUGUACCUAUUUGACUGACAACUUCAAGUCCAGAUGUGUACAAGUGUACAAUUACCAUCGACUACUAAGUUGGGAUGCAAACAGAGGACUUCAUGUAGAUAUAUUUAAGAUUCCAACCUGUUGCUCCUGCCACAUCGACGACUACAAGAUUGCCUAUCCUCCAGUAUCACCACAGAAGGAAACCACCAGAGAAGUAUUUCCAGGAAAAGAUUAUAGCAACGAAGCUGACGAAUACCAAGAUGACCAUUUAGGUGAAGACACACAACUUUAUGAAAGAGAUGUAAACCAGUUCCACUUCAGUCCUACAAACACUAAUAAAAAAUAUAAUAAAAAUAAUCUUGGUACUCGUGGUUUGGAUACAAAACAUAGACCGACCUUAAUUCGUGAUUCCGAGUUUGAGUCCAUGAUGGAAGAUCCUGAAACGACUACACAGACUUAUAAUAUGAUCAGUAUGUAUCCUGUAUCAACUGGACGCAGGAAGCCUACGAAAAUCAAGGUUUGCCCAGCUUUUUAGAAGCUCCUAAGCCUCCAAGAACCAGGUUUCCGUCGAGU